ACCCUUUAACAUUUCCUAUUCCACCAUUUCCAAACGAAGAGCAAAAAAGCAGAACCCAAAUUCCCCAUUUGAAGAAAACUGAUCAAAGAAAGUGAAAAUUCAUUCAAUUCAAACAUACAAAUCCCAAAUUUCUUCAACUUCAUAGUUUUUAACCCAAAACCCAUCUUUUCCCUUUUCAAAUCUCCUUGAUUCUCAAACCCUAAUUCAAAAAAAAUGGGAUUUUUGGAACCUUAAUUUUCAAGAUUUGGGGGAGGACCAUGAUGAGAAGUAUAUGGUGGUGGGAGAAAAAUCAUGAUUUCCUACUACCCUUUUUGAGUUAUUGUAAGAUUCAAUCAAAAUCGAGUGGUUUAGUUGUGAAUGGAAUCAAAGAGAGUAGUUUUAUCUGGGGAAAUUCAGAAUCAAAAAGACAAAAAUUUGAAGACAAUACAGUGGGAAGAUUAUGAACAGGAACUAGCUCGUUUGUGUAGCCUUACAUCUGCUCUUAAUGAAGCUAAGCAGAAGAAAGAAUUGGUUCAGAAGAAACUAGAGUCCUUCAUACAGGUAGAAGCGGAGUCACUAAGUCGUUUGAAUGAGCUUGAUGAGAUGAAAGAAAAACUGGAAUCUAGAAAAUUAGUGAUGGGAAACAUGUCUAUGCAUUCUAAAGUUGUCAAAGAGAAAGUCAAGAAGCAAGAGGAGCAGCUCAGUAAUGACAUCAGGUCACUUUUGGUUGCGGGGACUUCUCUUUCUGCAGCUAGCAAGCGCUUGCAGGAUGAAAGUAGGUCCCUAGCUGGAGAAAGGGGUUAUGGGCAACUCAGAACCUUGCAGAGAGUAUUCAGAACAAGACAACAGUAUAUGGUGUCUCAAGUUCACAUGCUUUAUCCUGUGAGGGUUGCAAUUGAACAGGCACCUGAGCAAGAACUUGAAUUUUUCAACAAUAGUUCCAACUCAGGUAACUAUACUGGGUCAAAACCUUUAGAUCACGGAUCCUUGACCAUUGGGGGUCUACAUUUAACCGUGUUCACGAAGAUGAGUUUCUUUACUGAUAAGAAGGAGGUUCAGAGGUCUGCAACUGCCCUGGGAUAUGUUGCACAUGUGGUCACACUUAUUGCAUAUUAUUUACAAGUUCCUCUUCGUUAUCCCUUGAGGUUUGGAGGAUCUCGGUCAUAUGUCCGUGAUUAUGCACCUUCAAUAGAGCCUUCAUCAUCUGAUUUAACAUUUAGUUCCUCAGUUUCCACAAAUUCAAGGCCCGUGGAAUUUCCUCUAUUUUUAGAAGGCCAAGACUCAACACGAGCGGCUUAUGCUGUUUUCUUGCUGAAUAAGGAUAUAGAACAACUUCUGAAUUAUAUUGGAGGCAGAAGUUUAGGGCCAAGACAUGUACUAGCUAAUUUGAAAGAACUUCUUAGGAUAAUACUUUCUCCAGAGUAUAUAGACACACGAUUGUGAGAUUUAUGUAAAUGUACAUCAUUGUUAUUUUUGUGCAGGUGCUAAAUUUUCACUUACAGCACCUUGCCAUUCACAUUUUUCUUUUGUCUAAAUAUUGUUUGAAUCCUAAAAGAAAAAAUUAUGGUUUUGUUUGUUAUA